UCCCCACUGUAGGAGAAAGAUGGCAGCCCACAGGUGCAGCCUCUCGGCUCUGCUGCUUAUUAUUUGUAGUUUGUUGGUGUUUAUCGUCGCAGACAGUGAAAAAGCGACACUAACUGGUGAUCAUCAUGCCACUGCGGUCGAUAAUCUACAAACAGUCACAGAAACAGAGGAAGGAGCUGCGGCCGAGGAGCCUGCUGUCGAGGAGGAGAGGCGGUGGGAAGAAACGGUGGUUGAAGAGGCGACAGCCGACAAAGAGGACACUUCUGCCCCCGAAACCGUGGUCCAGUCCUCGGUGCCGCAGCCAAAAGACGAUUUUCAGGAGGAACUGGUCAUCAGACCGCUUCACUCAGGAGAUAUUUACGCCAGCUUCCAGUUCCGCACCCUGUGGGAGACUGACUUCAUGAGAGGAAACAAAGUGUCCCACUAUCGGCUGUUUCCCAAGUCUCUGGGUCAGGUCAUCUCCAAGUUCUCAGUGCGAGAGCUGCACAUCUCCUUCACGCAGGGCUACUGGAGGACCAUGCAGUGGGGGCAGCCCUUUCUUCCGUCCCCUCCUGGGGCUGAACUGUGGGUCUGGUUCCAGGACUCUGUGACAGAUGUCGAUGGCACAUGGAAGGAGCUGACUAAUGUUUUGUCUGGAAUCUUCUGCGCUUCACUCAACUUCAUUGACUCCACCAACACGGUUCAGCCCAGUGCGUCUUUCAAACCGCUGGGAAUAGGCAACGUGACGGACCACCGCUUCCUUCGCUAUGCCACCCUCCCACGAGAGAUUGUUUGCACUGAGAAUUUGACACCCUGGAAGAAACUCUUGCCAUGUGGGUCCAAGGCUGGUCUCGCUGUCCUGUUGAAGUCGGAGAAACUCUUCCACAGCAGUUUUCAUUCCCAGGCAGUGCACAUCAGACCUGUGUGUCAGGACUGGCAGUGCAAAACUACCUCCUGGGAGCUGAGACAGACGCUGAAUGUGGUUUUUGACCUGCACACCCCUGGACAGGGCAAACUGGAGUGGUCUCUUUUUAAGAUGUUCUCUCGGACCCUGACGGAAGCUUGUCCACUGGCCUCCUCCAGUAAAAUCUACAUCGACAUCACAGACGACCCUCAGGGCGAACAGUUUGAGGUGAGCCCAGCCACUCACUUGCUGAGCCAGGCUAUGGUGCUGGGGGACAGGCGAACCUUCUCCGUCUACGAUCUGACCCAACAAAUCACCUUUGGCACUGUGCGCUCGCUUAACCUGCUGAUCCGCUGGAAAUCCAGUGAGGGAGACAUGCUGCGUCCGCUGCUCCACGCUGAGCGCUAUGUGGCUGGUUACGGGCUGCAGACGGGAGAGAUUCACACGCUGAUGUACAACAACCACCCCUACAGGUCUUUCCCUGUGCUGCUGCUGGACUCUGUGCCUUGGUACCUCCGUCUCUACAUCCACACCCUCACCGUCACCAGCAAGGGAAAGGACAACAAGCCCAGCUACAUCCACUACCAGCCGUCUAAGGACCGCGUGAGGCCCCACCUGCUGGAGAUGUUGGUCCAGCUUCCUCCCAACUCGGUCACAGAGGUCACAGUGCAGUUUGAGAGGGCUCUGCUUAAGUGGACUGAAUACACACCUGAUCCCAACCACGGCUUCUAUGUCGGGUCUUCAGUAAUCAGCUCUUUGGUACCAAGCAUUGUCGCAAUGGAUACAAACAGCACUCGGGAACAGCCUCUUUUCAGCAGCUUUUUUCCCUGUAAAGAGGAGUCCAGCUACUUUAUGCGCGUCUACACAGAGCCUCUGCUGGUCAACCUGCCAACCCCAGACUUCAGCAUGCCUUAUAAUGUCAUCUGCCUGACCUGCACUGUGGUGGCUGUGGGCUACGGCUCCCUCUACAACCUACUGACCCGGAGCUUCCAGAUAGAAGAGCCCAGUCCAGGAUUGGCCAAGCGGAUAGCCAACAUCAUCCGCAAGAUGAGGGGCGUGCCGCCACUCUGAAACAUAGAUGCCAACUGGCUCUACUUUUAGGGAGGAAGUUUUCCUUCUGGUGAAACCACUGGCCAACAUGUGAUAUUCAGGGAAGAACUGAGUCAAGCACUGGUUUGAAUGUUUUUUUUAAUGGUCAACUCGAAGGUUUGCUUUUCAAAUGGAAGAAGACGAAUAAGAAUUUUGAACAUAAAUGUAUUCAGGGUAAUUUCCUGCUUAAAGAGAACAACAGACAUUGCUCUGUGGAUGGGAAGCAAGAGCUUUGUUAUUGUUUUACAAGCAACCAACGCUGUGCGGUGUGCUGCUAUGGCAACUGCAUCAGUGUUUGUUUUUUUUGUUGGGAUGUGUGAAGCCAUAACUCCACUAUGUCAUAAUGUAGCAACAAUGUCUUAGACAUUUUGUUCCUAUGUGUGCUAAAAUUAUGUAUCUACAAAUACGAGACUAAUGGCCUUACACAAAGAAGAAGCCUUUUGUUAUCGUACUGCGUUUCUGACCUGUUGAUUGCUAUCCCCCUUCUAGGAAAGAUUCAAAUAAAAUAACUUUUUAAGUCAGCGUUACUCAGUCCGAAUGUCAUUUUGGGUAUGACCGUCAAACGUUCUUUUGUUGAACUGGAAUUGUACACAGCAUCAAAGUCUCACUAUAUGUCCUUUUUAUAUUUAAUAGUUAGCAUUAAUUUGUCUUAUCUGACAUGUUUUAUAGUAUAAUAUAUGAGAAAAGAAGAAAUGGCCACAAAAAAUACUAAAGGUACCAAAUCCAUAUUUUUGUUUUUGUUUUGAGAAAUAGCAUUAUUUGUCCUAUAGGAAAUGCACAGCCCUCUUACCAAACAUUUAUUUAGCACUUGCUGGAUGUUGGAUGCAUGCUUGAAUGUUAAAUACGAUUGUCUGCCGAUCUCUUCAUAAGUAAUUGCCUGUAGUUGGGUGGGUUUUAUAACUAAUUCACUCAUCUGUUCAAUGCAGGUUCAUAGUGUCUUAUAGCGAAUAGAAGUCUGUCAUUGUGGACAUUAUUUUACCCUACCAUUAUAUACUACCGUGCAUUUGUAUGUUAAACUGUUUACUUUUUCUUUUGCAUUUGUCUGCUUAGAAGUCCAUUGCCCGUCACUUGCUGUGUGUGUGUGUGUGUGUCAUAACUAGUGUUCUUUUUAAAAUAAACUCUUAUCAUCUUUCUGU